UUACAUAUAUAUAACUUAGAAAAUAUAGAGUAUUGAAGUUUGGCUCAUAUGGCUUCAAAUUUUCAUGGCUUCCUCAUCUUCUUCUUCUUCAUCUUCAUGUUCUUUAAUUAUAUGACAUUUUUGGAGGCUGCUUUGGUUCCAGCGAUGUAUGUGUUUGGAGAUUCUUUAGUGGACGUUGGGAACAAUAAUUAUCUCAAUUUUUCUGCUGCGAAAGCCAACUUUUAUCCUAAUGGCAUUGACUUUCCCACCGGAAAACCCACCGGAAGGUUCUGUAAUGGCAAGAAUCCUGCUGAUUUUCUUGCUGAGAAGGUGGGUUUGGCUAGUGCGUCAUCGUAUCUUUCAAUUAUUGAGAAUAGAAGUCAUACAUACAACAUCAACAUAGGCGUCAACUUUGCCUCUGGAGGAGCCACAAUCAUUCCACAACCAAAUCAAAUAUUUGUUACGUCAAUAUCACUAUCUAAGCAAGUGGUCUACUACAAUUCUAUAUAUGAAGCGUUGGUGAGAGAUUUGGGAGUGAAUAAAGCAAAGGCACAUGCAUCCAAAUCUCUAUAUUUGAUAGAAAUUGGAAGCAACGACAUAUUUGCCUACUUUGCAUCACCCAACCUUGACAAAAUCUACACUCCUCCACAGUAUUUGAACUUAAUGUCUCAACAUUUCGAGAAGCAAUUAAAGUGUUAUUUAUGGCAGCGAUUGUAUGAAAAUGGAGCACGUAAAUUGGUGGUAAUUGGUGUGGGGGUAAUUGGAUGCACCCCAGCAAUGAGAUACCAAAACUUCACUGAAGGAUGCAAUUCUGAAAUGAAUCGGUGGGCAUUUGUGUUCAAUCAACAUCUCACAUCAAUGCUUAAGAAACUCAAAGAUGAGUUAUUUGGCUUUCAUUUUUCCUACUUUGAUGGCUUCUCUAUCAUGCUUAGCACCAUUCACAAACCCACUUCUUUUGGAUUUAGUGAAGUUAAAGUAGCAUGUUGUGGGUCUGGUAGACUAAAGGCUGAAGUAGCUUGCAUUCCAAAAGUAUCUUAUUGCAACAACAGAGACAAGCAUUUAUUUUGGGAUAAGUACCAUCCAACACAACAAGCUCAUCACUUUUUUUCUGAUUUAAUAUUCAAUGGACCACAAACAUACACUUUCCCCAUCAAUGUUCAAACCCUUAUAGCUAUUUAAAUCAACCAAAUUUGGAAGCAUAACACUUGUGGAGAUAAACAAAUGUGUAUAUGAAUUAUGAGGACUUCUUUAUUUGGUUUAGUUGACUCAUUAUUCUUGUAGGGUUCUCUCUUUCGGAAUUGCACAGGAAUAUGGUUUGAUAUUUGG